UUGAGGUUGAUGGAGGUUCAGAUGUGUGUCGUCUGCCAGACGGGAGACUUGUGCUGCGAUCAAUACUACACUACACCCGCCUUUGUGUCCACCCUUCCUCUUCUCUCCCUCCUAACACCUUAACGAACAAGACACCAUGGCUACGGAGACGAUGGGUGACGUGGCAUUGGAACCCAGGUCUGACCUGCAGGAACUGCAGUUUAAGGCCAACCAACAGACAGAUGAGACCUUAGAGUCCACACGACGGAUGCUCUCACUAUGCGAAGAGAGCCAAGAUGCUGGUGCCAAAACGUUAUAUAUGUUAGGAGAGCAAGGGGAACAACUGGACCGCAUUGAGGAAGGUAUGGAUCAGAUUAAUGCCGACAUGAAGGAAGCCGAGAAAAAUCUGACUGGAAUGGAAAAGUGCUGCGGUCUUUGUGUCUUGCCAUGCAACAAAUCAUCACAGUUUAAAGAAGAUGAAUCAACCUGGAAAGGCAAGGAGGAUGGUGUAGUGAGCUCACAACCUCAGCGAGUAAUGGACGACCGUAAUGGAUUAGGUGCAUCUGGUGGAUACAUCGGACGCAUUAGUAAUGAUGCUCGUGAAGAUGAGAUGGAGGACAACAUGGGCCAGGUCAACACCAUGAUUGGCAACCUACGUAACAUGGCUAUCGAUAUGGGCUCUGAAAUAGAAAACCAGAAUAGACAAAUUACCAGAAUCAAUGCCAAGGGCACCUCCAACGUGACUCAUGUUACUGAAGCUAAUGAGAAAGCUGGCAAACUUCUUAAAUCAUAAAUCCAGAGAUAUGCAUUUUCUUCUCAUUUAUUUAUUAAAAUAAAUGGAGGCGGGCUCCAACACUGCGAGAGUAAACAUGGCCAAUGAAAGGGCUGGAUCCCUGCUGAAGAAUGCAUAAAUAUUGAGACUGCAUUUGCUUUUAAUAAGCUGAUGACAAAUCCAGGGCCAGUACAACAUCUGAUGGAUAAGUUUCUGAUAAUAUACUUGAAGAUACGUAUUUCAUUCGGGAUUUGUUACAUAUCCCCAAUUGUAUAUUCAGCUGUUUUACAGUGACCAAUAUUUCAUGAUGUUAUGCUGUUCUUACUUAUUCAGUAUGCCUACAUAAGAUAAAUUACUAAUAUGGCUGAUAAAAGGUUUAUCAGUUUUGUCUUAGGACUAGUAACUUUAUAGCUGACUUCAAGCAAAUUUGAACUAUAGGUCCUCUUAUAUUGUGACUCCAAUAAUAGGCAUAGAAAUUAUUGAUCAUCUCAAAGGUAAGACACUGGCCCCUUGCCUAAGAGAACAACACUGUUAUACUUUUCCUUGUGUAGAGUAUUGAAACUUGUUUUGUUAUUGUUAUAUACCAUUUGUUAAUUUUGUAGAUAUAGAAAACAUCAUCCAAAACACAUGGAAAAGUUUCAUCAUUUCUUUUAAUUUGAACAUUGAAGAAUCACUUUCUCUUAACUCUUUCAUUCAUUCAUACUUGACUCCACCUAUAUAUAAUUUAGUUUUUGUUUUAAAAUUAAUCAUCAUUUUUUUUUUUAAUCAUAAACUUACCAGAUAUACUGUGAGUAUUUAGUUUGUCAUAUUCAUCUGUGUACUUGUGUUUUCACAAGCAACUUUCAGUCUUUAGUAAGUUUUCCCAUUCUAGAGUCUUUAUAUGUCUGCAGAAGACUGAUUAUUCUUUGUGAUAACACCUCUUAAGACCAGUCUAGUAACCUCUUAUAAAAUAUAGAUAAGAUUACCAGUGAUGAGCUUUAAAUACUGCUUCAAUAUGACAUUUUUCCAACAUUAGGAAAUCAGUCAUGCUGAAUGGCAGCCCAGUGCUCAUAUUGGCCUUUCUCAUCUCAAAUACAUCAGACCUACUAUAGUAGUUACUGUUUGGCCCAUUAUAGUUGCAACUAACCACAAACUAUUAUCUUUGUCUAAGAGAGAAUCAUAUCUGUGGCUUGCUUUGUUCUUCUUACUCUUUACAAAUGUGGGGGCUUUGCUUCAAUUACAGUUGGAAGGUUUUGAAAGUAAGGAAUUGAUCACUGGGUUGACUUGACCAUCAACAAUGUCCAGCGAUUGACUACUAGCUGGUGUACUUGUUAAUCUCUGAGUGUUGAUUAGUUAUUGGUCUAAGAGCAAUUCAUCUCUACAUCUGUAUUUUCUCAUACUGUAUAGUUUAACUAUCUCAUUCAUAAUGUAAAUGGACUAAGCAUUUAUGAAUAGUUAGUCAUUUUUCACUAAGAGCUAAAGAAAGUCUUACUUUAGAGUUGCAUAUUUGGCCUUCAGUGGGUAUAAGUUUGCUGGAACAAUGAAUCCCCCACCUCCUUUCCUGUAUUUUCAUGCAUUAUGACUUAAAAAAUAAUAGGGCUGCAUAUUGAAGCAGACUUGGGAUAAUUUUAAUUUCAAAUAUUGGCUCUAAUAUGUUAGAAAAAUUUAAUAGAUUAGCAAACUGAAAUUUGUAUGAAGCUUAUGUAGGGUUUUUAUAAUUUUUAUAACAAGCUUGGUGGCAGAGGAAUACUUUGGCUAAGGAAUAGUUGUCAUUGUUAGUUUUAUUUCAUGGUAACACAGUUAAGGAAUCUUUUUAUUCUUUUUCUGGUACUACAUUCAUCAUCUGUUUAUUUUAUAUUUUCCUAUAGUUCUGAUUUUCUGAAGUCUCUAGUUUUCACAGUUUUAAAAUGAGGGAUCAAAACUAGACUCUUAGCCAGGUAAUAUCUGUGCCACCAUUGUACAUUCGAACAGCUUUUGAAAAUAAAUGAGGUUACUCCUACAAAAAAUAUAAUUCAUAUAAAUCCUGAUCUGCCUAUCCAUUGAUAAUAAGGUAUUUGUAUAGCUAUUCAUAAUUUGCUUCAGAUUAUUGUUUUUGGCUGCAUUACAGUCAGUCCAUACUAUUCUCAAGUUCCGUAGAGUCUAGUAGGUUGUUAUUUGAGUUGGAAAAGAUGGUCUUGUGGUACAGCAGUAAUGUGGGAUGUGUUUAAAGCUUUAGUGCAUGUCACUUAUUCACUUAUAUAGUGAGUGGCAAAAAUACAUGAAGAGGGAUACCUCUUUUUUAAUCCCAUUAUAUAGUAAUAUAUGUAAUACUCUCAUAUAUGCAAUGAAUAAAGAGAAUGUAUGAUUACAUUCAGACUCGAGAUAAGUUACAUUUCAUCAUGAAAUAUUUAUUUGAAAACAAUUCAGGUUUGUCUCCUCAUUUUAUAGUCUACAAAUUCAUCAUUGUUAUUAUAAAACGUAUCAGUAUUAGGGCUGCUGAAUCCAGAUAAGCUCAUGAAUUUACAAAUAUUUUAUGAUUAAGAUUGGUGUAGAUUUUGUACAGUCAAGUGUUUGCUGAUUGUGGCACAUGGUUGUAAGCUGUGAUAUUCUACCUUGGUUUAAACAUGCAAAUAACAUAUUCACAUGUUAGGCCAUAUCAAAACUAAUGAAAAUGGUAAGAUUUUGGUAGAAGAUUUUCUUAGUACUUUUUUGCAUGGCGUUUUCUGUAGGUUGAUAAUCUUUUUAUAGUAUUUUUUUUUUUAUUAGCAGGUGAUACAGUCCACAUUUAAUUUUAAUAUUGUGAUAAGUCACAGUGCAGUUGUGUACAAGCUAUUGAAGAAUGCUCCACAAAUGUGCAUGCCGUGGGUCACUAAAAUUUUAACAAUGAUUGGUUGCAGAGCUAGGUUGUUGUCGUUGCAACUUCUAUAUCUUAUCCACAUGCCACCAAUAUUGAUUUGACUCUAGUUACUGAGGAGUAAGGAAAAAAUAGUAUUGGUAAUGAGUUGCAUUUAGGGUGUAUCAGUGCAAGUAGGGAAAAACAAGAUUUAGGAUGAAGUGAAUUCUAGUAGUCUUUUAACUUGAGUUCUGAGCAACUUAAGUUAUCAAAGGCAAUUACAGUUCACAUAUCUUAAGAAAUCUGGCCUUGCUUGUCAAGCUAAUUGUUACCAACUUAAAAGAAAUUGAUAACCUUAUGGGUAGUACCUUUGUAAAUUAUCAUAAUUUACAAGUGUAAAAGAGCCCUUCAUUAUUUUAACUGGAGAUGCCUUUUUAAAGUGAGUAUAAAACUUUCCUAUGGUUUUGCAUAGGAGUGAACUAUCCACAGCACAAUAUGGUGGCAUAUCUAGUAUUUAGCCAUAGAUCUUCAUGUCUUUUUUCUAUUGUGAUUUGUGUAGUAGUGGUUUGUAAAAGGCAGAGAAGGCCCACCCAAUUUUUUCUCGUGUAUCUUCUCUGUGUUGGUUCAUCCCCAGGAGAGUGGAAGGGAUAUCCUUUAUGGAGUCAUGGAGCAGCCCCUCUCCAUUUUUUAUAUACAAAGAAUAAUAAAUAAGUGUAAAGUUAGGGAGCAGUGCAUUGAGAUGACUGGUUGAUGUUACAAUCUAAUUGUUUCUAUUAUACAUUGAGAUCAAUUUAGUUUUGUGUAUAGUAUAAUAUUUAAUAUAAGAUUUAUGACACUUUAAAGAGAAUAGCAUUGGGAAGAAAGGAGGUUAUAUAUCAUUAAUUUUAAACACCACAAAACCAUUGUUAGUUGUUUUGCAUGUCUGCAAUGUGUAUGAUAUGGGCAGCAAUGCACUGCUCCUUCAUCAUCACACCAGUUAUGUUGCCAGGCUGCUCCCUCCCUAUUACCACCAUCUUUCUCUUCAUGCUCCCCUCUGGAUUAUUGGUUUUUAUCUUACUGAUUUUUCUUCUCUCCAUUCCAUUAUUUCUGGUUAUGCCAUUGUUGACCUGCUUCUGUCAUUAACAAAUGAUUGAACCAGAGAGGAAUUGUUACACAAUAAGUGAUUUUUACUUUGUGAUUACAAAAAUGUUGACCAUGGAUGUUUGCUCUUAAUAUAAGGCCUGUACAAGAUAUGCUCAUUUAUUUAUACGGUUAGGAUUAAAAUAUUACAUAGGGGUCUGAAUCACAAUAGUGGUUUUGAUACAGGGCUGGAAGAAUCUGCUAGUUUAUUAAACAAGGCACAGCUCUGCAGAUACCUGAGUUUUGUCUUGCUCUCCAGACACUCCAUUGGUGUGCAUAAAUAUGAAAAAACAAGAAUACAGGUAGAUAAAGGGAAAAAAGAAAACUAAAUUUGUAGUAUUUUUCCUGGUUUUCUCAUAGGGGAGCAUUUGUUAUAGUACAUACAUACGUAUCAUUUAAUAAAGAUGUAAACCAUUA